AGGGGGGGGGGUAUGAUAUGUUAUUUGUACUUUCUCUUGCGAGAAAAAAGCACUUCUCAACAAUACGUUCCAAUAGUUCAUUUCUAGUACUUUUCAUGUGCUGCAGCAGCAGUUUCUUUUUUAAACUUCUACCCAGUAGUUAGUAUUUUAAUAGAAAGUCAUCUGAAAAUACAUUCCAAAGAAACCGUACAAAAUAAUAACAGAAUUCUUUCUUCAUCAGUCAACAGUGUUAGAAGCCGUAGAAUACAUUAUCAGAGAAAAAGUAAGAAAGAGAACUAAUUUGAAUCUAUUCAUUGAAAAAUCAGUGAUUUGAUCUUUUCCGAACAAUGUAAAAUAAUAAAAUCGCAGUGCCCCGACUUAUUUAUUCUCAUUUCCCAUUUAAUUAAAUCUAAUGUAAAUGAAUACUGAGAAGGAAAUAAAAUACAUUUUCUUCAAAAUCUGUCUGUUCUGUAGAUUCUUUAUAUAUUUUUUGGGACUAGAACAGACACUAACAGAGAGUAUAUGGGAACAGGUUAGAAAAUUCCAACUUCAAUAACAGAUGAGCAUCUUGCUGUUAUAGGCAUAAAACAACGAAUCAUAUCGUUGACAACAGUCAUGUACAGUUGGUUCUCGUGCAAUUAUGUUUUGCGAAACUCACCAUACAUUUAUCGGCUUUUUAGGAAAAAGAGCAGGAGUGUAAGCUUAUAGUUUAAGCUUUUUAUUUUAAGAAAUCAAAAAUCUUUUAUUUUAAGAAAAGAAGACCAAACAAGUGAAAUCGUUGUCCUAAGGACUACAUUGUAUCUCCUGAGAGGAAUCCUUAAACAGAACCUUAUCAUAAAAUAAAAAUGGACGAAAAGAAAAGAAAAACGUUGGACUUAGAGAAAGAAGAAAAGAACAUAAAGGGAGAGCAAUAAAAAUAGAUGAAGGAAACUGUAUCAAUAGGAGAAAAGCACCUAAUAUUGGCGUUUUAGAAACAAGGGAGUGGAUCAGUUAAAUCUGUAAAAGUGAAAAAGUAGAGGACGUAGUCUGUUAGAAACGCUUACUGGCAGUAAUAAAAUCACCCGCAAACUGACACACAGAUAUCAAGAGAUCACUGGAUAAAUGUGUUCUAAGUAGAAGUUUAUCAAUAUCUAAACUAAGACCUAGAUUACACAGCUGAAUAGCCAGAAUUGCUCGAGCUUGAUCGUACUUUGGACAUUCCAAGAGAUAGUGUUUUGGAUUUUCAACAACUUUUAUUGACGGCGACAGAGAAAAACAGCUAUCGCAGAAAUUUUUACAAACAAGUUUAUGUUGUUUGAGAUGGAAGUUAAGCGCGGAGAAAUCCACUCUUAAGCGGCAAAAUAGUCAGCUAAUAAUAUAAUAAUAUAUAUAUAUAAUUCUUUUGCGUAGUCAAUGAGUAAAUGGAAGCAGCGCAGUUCCACCACAUAAAUGGAGGAUUUUCACUUAUUAGACUUCCGAACUUUUUAGACUUCAGAACCUUUGUGCGAUAAAGAAGGCAUCUUAUGAAUCCGACACCAGGGCACGCAUAACAUCCGGAAAUCGCCGUCGCCGCGAAUUCAUUGUUAAAGUGUUAACACUUUAACACUUUAACAUAUACGAACUCGCGGCGAGUGAGGGUGAGGGUGGAGAGGUGAGAGUGAAGUGAGUGAAGAAGUGCUCCACCCUCAUUCUCACUACUUCACCCUCAGUUAUGCACGUUUAUCCUUUUACACUUUAACACUUUAACACUUUAACAUAUAAGAAUCCGCGGCGACGGCGAUUUCCGGAUGAUGCCAGGGCACGGCACCAGCUUCAAAUUUCAACUUUUGGAUAAAACGCCCUUGCAAGUCAUGUCUCAUAUUUCAUUAUUUUAGAUAACGUAAAAGUGAUGGCUUAUCUCUUCUUCUUCUUCAAUUUUCUGUCAACGUUAGUCUAUUCCCAAUCGUCGUUCUGUGUUCCAUUGGCCGAUCCGUUCCCUUCUUCCUUUAAACAAAUCGCUGUUAGUGAAACUAGCCGUUAUUUUAUUACUAAUUUAGGUCGAUUCAGUUCACCAAUAUAUUAUAUCAAAACUGACAAUAUUACAUUCACUAUUGCUAGUCAAUCAUAUCCGAAAUACAAUAGUAGUUUACCAGCGCCUUGUACAGCUGUUUCUGGAUUAGAUGAAAAUGGGUUGAAUCAAACACGAAUAGCAAGUGUAACAUUUGGUAAAGCAAUGGAUGUUAGUCAAACUGUUUCAGCUAUUAGUUCAAUUAAUCGUGAUCAGACACAGUAUUUUUCGUUCAUUGAAAUCGUGGAUUAUGAUCGCGAAUCUGCUCAGCCGCCUGCCCUGCGGGCGAAAUUUGAAAGCUUUGACACUCCGAAUUUAGGUCUAUUUCUAGCUUUAUCCAGUGACGGUAAUAAACUAGCUGCUUUCUAUGAUUUCCAAUCGAUUGUCGUCUUUAACGAUGUUCUGACGCGUACAGGAAACCAAUAUUUCAAUACCUCUCAAGGAGAUCUUAAAUUAACGUAUCCAACCGGAUUUUAUGCUGAUUCCAUCAGUUAUAAACAACGUUGGAUUGUUGUCUCCGGUUUAAUGAUCGCUCAAAAUGGUGCUGGUAUUUGUAUACCGGCAGUAACGGUUUGGCAAUGGAAUCUAACGUCCAAUACAUGGGAUAUGUUAACUUCUUCCGCUUCAACAGGAACUAUUCCCUUUCCAGCUAUUCGAUCAUCCACUUGGGAUCCUACCAACGCUGUAAAUUUCCUUUUUACCCCACAAUGCACAUUCCUGCCAUCAAAUCUAUUACCCAUCAAAAUAUCCAAUGACGGACAAUAUAUGGUUUUGGGUGUUCCGGUAUGGCAAAGUGUUUUCUGCGGCACGACCGCUGAUUUCUUUACAACUCAAUUAAUUUUAUUUGGCUCUCCUGAUACGGUCGAUAAGCUAAAUUUUGGUAAAUCCGUCGAUUUUGCAGCUCAGGAUAGUUCUUUAAUUCAAAUACAAAGCCAAGGAUUAAUUUUUAUUUUGAAUUCAUUGGUUUGGAAUUCUUCAGACCCGUUUCAUUUAGCUUCUUCCAUUGUUCCCAAUCGUUUACAACGUAAAUCAUUUCAUGAUACUGUGACACAACGCUUUUUUACUCAAUCAGCUUCCAGUAGCAAUUUAACUGUGGCAUUAUAUAAUUCUAAUCCAUUAGAUCCAUCUACAGAAUUGUUUCCGAUUCCUACUGCUCUACCCGGUGAACAAUUUGACUUUGGAUUGAAUGAAUAUAUUCCGUGUCCAAGAGGAAGAUAUAAGCUCUUAGGCCAGUCACCAUGUGCACUAUGUCCUCUAGGAACUUAUCAAGAUGAAAUUGGACAAACGAACUGUAAACCAUGUGAUCCUGCUAAUUAUUGUUCCCUAGGUUCCACCGCUCAAAUUUCACCACUAAAUGAAGUAUGGGAAUUACCAGAGUCCUUUGAGGAUUUUGACGCAGAAGCGUUUCGAGAAGGAUUUGAAGAUCUUUUGAUUAAUGCUAUUUUUAGCCCUACAACACCUCCAAUGAUUAUACUGUUUAUCAUUGCUGGUACUACAGCCAUUAUAUUAAUUUUAUACCUUAUCCCUGGUACCGGAUACCUCCAUCCUUAUUUUAAGAAAGCCUUAUCACUGUAUGAAUGGGUUCUGUUACCUACGGCAAAAACAGCCGAAACAGCUCCUUCACACAACGAUGCCGAAUCUGUUGGGAAAAGCCUCGGAAAUCAUACCAAGACUGAAAUGACAACUGCUAUAAGCCAAUAUAACGAUCUUCAUAGUCAUUCACAUUAUCCUAAAACCUUCGAUGAUCACAAAACACGUCCAAAGAUUGCAUUUAUUGAAACAAAUUGUUCGGAUCUUAAAAAAGUACACAAUAAUUCUUCAUUUUCUACCGUACAAGAGCUACUAUCUUUAUCAUCAAAUAACGCUCUAAAGACGCAUAUUGAUAGUAAUACUUCUGAUCCUAAAAGUAACUAUAAUACUUCUUCCAGUAUAGAAGCACGUAUAAAUACUGAAUUUGACGCUAUGAAAGCACAUGACAUACAUCGAAUGCACGAACAAGAACGUAUGUUACAUGGCUUUUUUAAUGCUGUUUUUAUUAUGUUUGUAUUGAGUUCAUUGAUAUAUUCUGGGCUCUUUAUUGCUAGUUAUAAUCCAUCUAAAAACGCAGUAUAUGGUACCUCGACCAAUCGAUAUGCAUAUGAACAAUUAACGUCCAAUGAUGUUUCAGAUUUGAUUUUACAAAGUGGAUUAGAGGCUAUUAGUCUAGUGGCUGCUAAUAUUUCACUAACGUUAUAUGGUUAUUCAGGUGAGUGCGUACAGUUUGACAUGAAAGCAUACGCCAUUCAGGCAUAA